UGUUCCCUAUUUGUAGUUUCUGCCAUCGGCGAGAGCAAAUCACACGCCUCACAUUCUAUCUUCUGAGUCUACAAAGUACAAAGUUCCCUCGGCCAAAUUUUGCUCGUAAAACCCCCGACUUUCUCUCUCUUCCGCCGUAACUAGGGUUUUCCAUUUCUUGCUCUCUCGUCUCCAAUGGAAACUCUGAAAAAGCGUAAAGCAGACGAAAAUGGCAACUCCUUUGUGACCGACCAAACCCUAACCUUAACUCUCGACGAUGCGCGCAAACUCCUCGAACCAUUCUCUCACGAACAGCUCCUCUCUCUCCUUCAAACCGCCGUCGUUCGCUACUCCGAUGUCCUCUCCUCCGCGCGUGCACUCGCUGACUCCGAUGUUUCUCGACGUAAGCUCUUCGUUCGCGGUCUUGGGCCCGAAACAACAACGGAGUCUCUAAACUCACUCUUUGCUACUUAUGGUGAACUUGAUGAAGCCAUUGUUAUAUCCGACAAAACUACUGGUAAGUCUAAAGGUUAUGGAUUUGUUACUUUCAAGCAUGUUGAUGGUGCUCUAUUAGCGCUUCGUCAGCCGCGUAAGAAGAUUGAUGGUCGUAUGACUGUUACUCAUUUAGCGUCGGCGGGGCGUGGGCCGAAUAGUGAGGAUCAAGCGACGAGGAAGAUUUAUGUUGGGAAUGUUCCUUAUGAGAUUUCUGCUGAGAGAUUGUUGGAUUUCUUUGCUACGUUUGGAGAGAUUGAAGAGGGUCCUUUAGGGUUUGAUAAGCAAGGUGGGAAAACGAGGGGGUUUGCUUUUUUUGUUUAUAAGACUGAGGAAGGUGCCAGGAUGGCCUUGAUGGAGCCUAUGAAGAUGAUUGAUGGGAAUCAAGUUAUGUGUAAGUUGGCUGAAGAUGGAAAGAAAGGGAAAGCAGUGAACCCGGUUUUGCCGGGUGAGAUGGGUGGUAAUAGGAUGUCUGGUUCGAUCAAUCCACAGUAUGGUGGGCCGGUGGGGAGCUAUGGGAGUUAUGGGAUGGGGCCUAAUUCCGGUCCGGGAAUGGGAAUGGGAAUGGGGAGUGCUCAAGGUCCUCCUGCUGCUAGUGGAUAUAGUGCUUCUGUUGGUGGGCCGUAUGGUGGGUCGCAUACUCAGUAUGGUGGCCCAGGUUCUGGGGAGUAUGGGUCGUAUCGGAUGCCAACACCGCCGAGUUCUAUGGGAAUGCCACCUUCAUAUCAAGAAAACAGUGGUGGUUAUGGGCUUUCUUCUUCUGGUGGUGGGUAUAUGAACCAGAAUUACCCCCCUCCUCAGGGUCCUCCUCAAGGCCCUCCCCAAGGUCCUCCUAGUGGAAUGUAUCAGAGAAUGCCACCUUCCUAUUACUGAGGAGUUCAUAGCCACUGUCCACUAUCAUCUUGCUAUCCUUCUCUUCACAUAUCUGAUCGCUAGCAUAGUUAAGAAUGCUGAUAGGAAUGUUAAGCUUGAAUAGUGCCUCUGCUGUAUUUAGAAAAAGGUGACUUGUUAUGAGUUUCUGCUUCAAAAACAGCUCAUCUUCUGUCAGUGGCUCUUGCUUUUCUAUCUUUAGAGGCGCCUGCUGCUCAUCUCGAUCACAGGAAUUGAUUUUGCAAUCCUCUUGACCAUCUGCAAUAGCAUGUGCAGACUCAGCUACUUGUAUUGUCAAAAUUAUACACACUAAUGUAAAAAAUUUAGGAAAAUUUGUCAUAAACAACCUUUUAAAUACAAGUUUUUAUGAGAAACAGCCUUUUAAUUUUUUUUUUUGGCAAAAUAAGACCUUAAGAAGAAAAUAUUUUGCGAGAAUAACCUCAACCAAUUUUCCGACAUUGACCAAGCAUUUUUCAAUUUUCACUCGUUGAACCAAGCAUGUGGAGGACACGUAAACUGCAUCUCUUAUGUUUCAAUUAUGUUUUUCUCCAUUUUCGACAUCGACAUUCCGACAUUGAAUUUAGCAGUAUAUGAAUGGAAAUGGGGUUAAAACAUAAGAAAUAUUGAUUACGUGCAUUGUGUUGUUUGGUUUUAGUGAAUCGAAUGCGCAUAAUGCUUGAUCAAUGCCCAAUAAUGGGUCAACGUUGUUCCCCGCAAAAAAAUUAUUUUUAAGGUCUUAUUUUGCCGGAUAUUUUUGAAAGGUUGUUUCUCGCAAAAGCUUGUAUUUAAAAGGUUGUUUUCGACAAAUUUUCCUAAAAUUUAUGUUUCUUGAUCACAUGGAAGAAAGAUAAUGAUUGAUGAGUUGCAUCUUUUUUGACUCAUAUGUAAUUUAGAUGGCUUUUUUGUUUCCCUUUUUGAGCAAGAGCAUCAGCAGCUGUUUUUGCAAAUGAGGUGUAACUGGUGUUUGAAUGUGGGGAUGUGUAUUCAUGGAAGAAUCUAUUCGGCAAAAGCAUUUGGAGAGGAAAUGCAAUAGAUAUGAUUAGUCCAAAAACAAAACAGAGUAUUUGUUUCCCCUGUUCUCUGAUGGUUUACUCUCUAUGUGGAGAAUUGAGAUCAUUGUUAAGAAUUGCACAAAAGCUUGUAGCCACAUAAUUGCUUACCUGUUGCAGUUAUCUGAAGUCUGACAUCGGCUUCAUGAGGUAUCAGGUGUUCCUGUUGAUCAUCAGAAACUGUUGAUAUUGUGUACUCACCCUGACACAUGAAUGAUAAAGUGCAUGUUAGUUUAAUGGUGGUAAUGUGAAUAAGAAGUUGUGAACCUUUUGUCUAGAACCCAAAUGCCUGGUUUGCAUUAUUCUGAGUGCUAUUAGGCUUGAUCUUACCCCGUCACCUGGAUUUAGUUGAGUGGCUUCCUCCAUUCUAAGUGAAUGUUUAUCUCGGACUGUAUUAUUUCUGUUGUCCAUCUUUUCAGCAUCCAUAUUUUGUUGAGAUUUUUCAUUUAUUGGCAGCCUGUUUGGUUCUUGAUUCCCUUGUAUGCUUUUUGUUGACUUUGAUAUGGUUUCAUUUGCCUCUGCUGCUGCGGUUGAGAAGUUGAUUGUGUUGAGCUUACUUUGCUGCAGUCUGUGUGGCGUUGGUCUCUGAGGCUUGAUUGCCCUAGCCAAUGCCCUUGGAUUUGUGAUUCUUUUCGUGAUUUCUUCUUUUGUCAUCACUCUGGGACUAACAUUUGGGGUUUUUAUGUCACUUACCACCUUUCUCGGUGAAUCGUGGGUGCACUUUGUGUCCUUGUUGGAGCUGGCAGUAACUUCUGUCAUUUGUGAGUCAGUUAACCAAUCUAUGGAGUGGCUGUUUUGAUCUGAUUUCAAACACACUGAGCUCUCCCGUUUGUCAUCCGGGUUCAUUGAUCUGCCAGCGCUGUCUGAUUUGUCAUUUUGCCUGUUGGUCAACAAUGCUUUUGAAGCUGCUAAUACAACAUCUUCUGCAAUUUUUUUUCUUGCAUUUCGCUGCUUGAUGGGCUGCUUCUGCAAAUUCCUCAGAUCUCUUGUGCUGGGCAAUUUUUCUGAUUUGUGCUCUCUUUUUCUCAGCCCCGAUGUACUUUUUGUUAUCUGCUGGCUUCUCUUUUCUGCUUUAAGCUUCUUACCUUGAGGCCCAUAGAGCAUGCUCAUCUGCUGUAACUGGAUGCUCCGGUUCUGCUUUUCCCUUGGAAGUAGAGGCUUGCUUGAUGUCUUUUGUGUUUCAUGGAUAUUUGAGUUAGCCGGUGUAUCUGCUUGCACUAUUUCUUCUAUGUCCAAACUUCUAUUUUGUGGCGCUACCAUUUGCUGUGAUGUUUUUUUGGCAUCUGCAAGUUCUUGUUGCUUUUGUUUCAUUUUUCUUGUUUCUGCCUCCUUUGUAAUGCCUUUUGGGCUCCCACCAUCUUGGUUUAGGUGCAUAAUUUUAUUUUGCAGUUCAUUUAUCUUGGA